AUGUGUCUGUACCAGACGAAGAGGCUAGGCCUCGUCCACUUUGAGUGGAACUUAGAGUACUCCGGUAAGGAAGGUGACGACCUCAUCCUCUGGAUCCGUGAGAUUGAGAUGGCCAUGAGAUCAGGCCUGAUCAAGCUUGACCAUCGACAGAUCUCGUCUCCAAGUUCAAUGGAAGAGCUAUGGAAUGGGCCCUGA